UAUGGGCCAACUGAACUUUAAGAGAAUUUGGGGCUCGUAAUUGUACGUUUCGGUGAAAACUACCCAACAUCGGAAAUGGUGCCGCCAGCCGACUGCAUUUACUUUCAAGGCUGAUCCACAAGGAUAGAAGGAGAUCAAAAAUUCAUUGAAGUAACCGUCGGUGAUGAAUCUUGAAGCGCUACGUAAACUUGACACCGUUUCUCCUCAAACGCGGCUCGCUCACAACUCCCACACGACAGCAUUUCCGGUUUUCACGCCGUUUGGUUCUACAAUCGAUGACUUCCAGGAAAUGUGAUCGAACUGCUAAACGCAACUAAAGCCCAGAGGGCACUGCAAUCUGAGAGGAGAUUCGGGCGGACUCUCCUGCUUUGACCCGUUGCUGCCAGCCGCCAGGAAAUGAAUGAGGAAGCGACUAGCCUGCCGCCGCCCGACGAUGUCCUGCCGCCGGACGGUGUGCUGCUGCUCCCUGAGGACGUGCUGCUGCUUGUGUUCGAGCACCUCGACACGCCCAGCCUGCUCUCGGCCCGCGGCGUGUGCCAGCGCUGGCGCGACGUGGCGCUGAGCCGCGCGGCGUGGCGGCACCGCGAGCACACGACCAAGCACCAGCUCGGCGCCGUGGUGAGGCUGGCGCCCUGCCUGCGGUUUCUGCAACUAGACGAAGACACCAUCCCCCUUGUGCCGCUUCAGGGCGUGGAGUGCGCCGUAGAGACACUGUCGAUCCUCUGGGUCGAGAGCCGCAACGUGGUAAUCGUCACGCGUGUGAUAACCCAAUUUAUGAAGAAAGGGCUCCUCAACCUCAUCAUUGCCAACGUCGGAUGGGACAACGGCCAGACUCAGACUGUCAGACGCCUGCUUAGAACCGUUCGCAACUCCAGCCUGACGGGACUUUCGCUUCAGAUUCAACCUCGACUUCGGAUGGGACCUUCAACCAACAGCCCACCUUCCCCUGAACGCACCGUGGCCCUCCGCGGCCGGAACGAGGCCACCCUGGACUGGCUGGAGUACAACUCGUUCGCGUUCGGCUCAACCGAGCCGGGACUGCGGUUCCUGCUGGAGACGCACGCGCGCACGCUGAGGAGCCUCACUCUGCGCGACUUGCCAUUCGACUUCCCCGUGGCUCUGCUCACGGCGUGCGUCAACCUCCUAGAGCUGGAGUGCCCGGACCUGCAGGGCUUGCCGGCCCUAGCGGAGUGCCGCGACCUCAAUCACCUGGAACUGGUAGAGAAGGAGGACGGCUACGCUAGUCGUCUCUGCGCGUUGCUACCCGCCUUACCUCGGUUGGAGAGUUUUGGACUGCGCCUUUACGACGCUGCGCACUCCUGCUGGCCCGAUCUGCUGCCCAUUCUCCACGCUGUUUCCCCCUCCGCCAGCCUGAGGGUGCUGCAUCUGGGCGGUCUUUGGCUGUGCCCCGUCCUAGGCGAGCACUCCACCGGGCGCCACGCGCGCGACAUCAAGGCUCUGUUGCGGAGCAAGCCCGCGCUGCACGUCUCCGGGCUGCGGGUGUGCAGAGAGUGCGAAGAGAACGGGUGCCUGAGGAGGCUGGAGUGCAAAGGGUGUUGGGUCGAGGGCGGCGUCGGCCGCGUCGCUUUUGACUUGGCCGUGAGCCGGUUCGGCCUCUACAGCCACGACCCGAAAGAAAAGUGUGACCUGCACACGGGAGGGUUGCAGUGGCUCCAGAUAGAGGUGUAGACAGUGUUAUUGUCGGUUGAGAGGUGUUUUACACUGUCCAAUCGCAUUUCGCUCGGGAGGAAGCAAUCCGUUCCAAAUGUGUCAGUUUUUAUUUCGUUGUCAAUGUUGGUUCUCUAGUGAGAGUUUUUGUUCUACUUGAGGCCGUCUACAUGUUCCAUUGAACUUAGUCCUAAAUGACACCUUUGCAUUUCUUUGUGUUUUGGUUACUCAGCCAGAUUUGGUGCCAAUUUAUACUUUGAUUAAAGCAAUAUUCUCCGGU